UUUGCUCAGCCUAUUAUAAGUUAUUGUCAAACUAAUUUUUGUUUAUUGUUUGAAAAAUAAUGCAGAGGGGGGGAAGAUCGCAAUCACGUCGCAACGGUCGCCCGCCAGGACUAACUGGAAAGGAGAUUGGCUUGUACUAUAAAAACCUUGCACGGCAACGUAAAAGCGAAGCCAAAAAUGAGAACAAGAUUAAUCUGGGCUGCGAUGUCAGCGUGCCGCCGGGUGUUCUUACGCGUGUCAAGGAAUACAUGGAACAGUUUAAAGCUGCACGCGAAACUGGGCAGGAACAGCUGGAUGCCAAGUUCCAAGAUCAGUUUCGCCAUUUGCUAAGCGUAAACUUUGAUGCAUUCAUUGAAGAGGCCAAAAAGCAGAACCAAGACUUACAGCUGCGGAACAGCUCGCUGGAUGCCCAACUUGAAGAGCAGCAAAGGGAACGCCUGCGACGUGCGGACUUUCAAGAACGCUACAAGGAACGCAUGAAACUGCCCACAAUGAGCCAUGCUGCAGAAAUAAUCGAGGCUGUGGAAAAAAAUCAAGUUCUAUUAAUUGUGGGUAGCACCGGCUGCGGCAAGACAACGCAGGUGCCGCAGCUACUGCUGGACGAUAGCAUUUCAAAAGGCAUGGGAUCUGGCUGCCGCAUUGUGUGCACGCAGCCUCGUCGCAUCUCGGCCAUAACUGUGGCGGAGCGAGUUAGCUAUGAGCGUGCCGAAGCGCUAGGUCACUCCGUGGGCUACCAGAUUCGCCUGGAGAGUUGCAAGCCGCGUGAACGUGCCUCGAUAACGUACUGCACUACCGGCAUCCUUUUACAGCAGCUGCAGGGAGAUCCGUUGCUGCAUAACGUCAGUGUUCUUCUCCUAGACGAGAUUCAUGAGCGUAGCGUUGAGACGGAUCUCCUGAUGGCAUUGCUCAAGAUUAUACUGCCACAUCGGCCCGCGUUGAAAGUUAUAUUGAUGAGCGCGACGGUGCGGGAACAGGAUUUCUGCAAUUAUUUUAAUGCAUGUCCAAUGUUUCGCAUUGAAGGAGUCAUGCAUCCCGUUGAGAUGCUCUAUCUUGAGGAUGUGCUCGCAUUGACAAGCUAUAAGUUUGACACUCGCAAGAAUAGACGUGCGCGUACCCGGAGCGAUCUGUCUGAUCAUAGACCCAUGAUCGAGCCAUAUAUAAGACGGGUGCGUGACAGGUACGACAGCAAAGUUCUGGAACAGCUUCGACUGCCCUGCUCCGAGGGAUGCGAGGACAUUGACUUUAUUGCGAAUCUCAUUUAUUAUAUAUGCACAAUGAAGUCAGAAGGUGCUAUAUUGGUUUUUGUACCGGGAUAUUCUCAAAUAUCUGAAUUGCACAAUACACUGUUAAAGCCUCGCUUAGCCUUGGGUCAGCGCUGGCGCGAUCAUCUAUUAGUCUAUCCACUGCAUUCAAUGCUGCCCUCGGUCGAGCAGCAGUCGGUAUUCAGACGAGCACCCAAUGGAAAACGUAAGGUCAUCAUAUCCACCAUCAUUGCCGAGACUUCGGUAACUAUUGAUGAUGUUGUUUAUGUCAUCAACACUGGUCGCACAAAGGUCAGCAGCUAUGACAUUGAGACGAACAUACAAUCUCUGGAGGAGUGUUGGGUCACACAUGCAAAUACACAGCAGCGCAAGGGACGCGCAGGUCGCGUACAGCCUGGCAUCUGUUAUAAUCUGUUCAGUCGUGCACGCGAAGCUCGUAUGUCAGAGGUGCCGACACCGGAAAUAUUACGCUGCAAGCUGGAAUCCAUCAUACUCAGUCUCAAGUUGCUGCACAUCGAUGAUCCCUACGCGUUUUUUCCAACAAUGAUUGAUGCACCUGCCCAGAAGGCCGUGAGCACUGCCAUUAACUUACUUAACCGGAUUGAAGCACUUGAUAAUCAUGGCCAGCUGACGCCGCUGGGCAUGCACCUGGCCAAGAUGCCCAUCGAUCCCCAAAUGGGUAAAAUGAUUCUGAUAUCAGCGCUAUUUCGUUGUCUGGAUCCCAUUACCUCAGUGGCGGCUGCUCUCUCCUACAAGAGUCCCUUCUACACGCCCAUGGAUAAGGAGCAGCGGGUCGACGAGGCUAAACGCAGGCUAUCCCAAAAUAUGCGCAGCGAUCAUAUAAUGCUACAUAAUACCAUUUGCGGCUACCGCGAAAGCCGGCAAGCGCAUCGUGACCGCGACUUUUGCUAUAAUAACUUUCUUAGCAAGAUGACCCUUCAGCAGCUGGAACGCAUGAAGCAACAAUUUUCCCAGCUUCUCUAUAACUCGAAGUUUCUUACUUCAAUCAAUUGUAUGGACGAAUCAUCUAACAUGAAUUCAGAGAAGAUUCCGCUGCUUCGUGCCAUUAUCGGAGGCGGCCUCUAUCCAAACAUGGCACAUUUGUGCACAUCACGUCAAAUCAAAAAUCGUGUUCGCGCCAUACACAAGAUGUUCACAGACGAUGGGCGUCGCGUUAACUUUCAUCCCUCAUCGGUCAACAGCGGGAAGACGGGAUUUGAUUCAAACUAUUUCGUUUACUUCCAGCGGCAAAAGUCGACAGACCUGUUUCUUCUCGACGCGACCAUGGUUUUCCCAAUGGCACUAAUCAUUUUUGGCGAUGGCGUCGAGUCUGGCGUUAUAGACAGAACACAUUAUAUAUCCGUGGCUAAAACCUAUUAUUUUAAGUGCAAUCCGGAAACAGCUGCUGUAGUUCUUGAUUUACGCACAAGUUUGGAACUCUUGUUACUUGAGAAGGCUUUGUACCCAGCGCCCAUUAAUGAGAACAGCGAUGAUUAUAAACUUAUCAGGUAAAUAAAGUCACAACUUGACAAAAGGGAGGACUGAAGGAAUAAAGCUGGAAAAGACCAGACAAAGCUUACUUGGGCAACGCCGGAUAAUACCUUCUAAGUGUAGAUACAUAAAAUAA